CAUACACGUCACUUGCACGAGUCCUCUUACCCCCGCCGUUUCUCAUCCUCCUCCACGCUCCAUAAAAUGCGCGCCAUCCUCAACUUGAGGCCACCCUCGCCAUGUCUCUCCUCUUCUUCUCUUCACACCACCGAACACUUCUCUUCUUUUCUCUUCAGCUUCCGGCCCAGCAAACGCAUUCACUUUCUAUCUCCAUGUUCUUCGCUCAGACAAACCAAGAAACAGCAAGUGAGGAGGAGCGAUACUCCCGAAAACGCUCCGUCUGGUAGUAGUAUAAACCGGCUAUUUAACCCUAAGAGCGCUGACGAUGGUGGUGGUGGAGACAAGAAUGAAGAAGAUUCUGGAUUAGAGGGUGACACUGCGUUGAAGGGCACUCUAUUGGGCGGCGUAUUAUUGCUGGGCGUUGUUGGGGGCAUCGCCUGUGUUGGUUACAUUUACAAGGACCAGAUUAACAUCUUCUUGAAUCAGUUUUCCACAUUCAUAGAAGGCUAUGGUCCAGUUGGAUAUGCAUUGUUUGUGGCCGUUUAUGCUGGCUUGGAGGUCCUUGCAAUUCCUGCCAUUCCUUUAACCAUGUCAGCAGGACUUCUUUUUGGAUCUGUUAUUGGAACUAUCAUAGUCUCUCUUAGUGGAACGGUGGCAGCUAGUGUUGCUUUUCUGAUUGCAAGAUAUUUUGCCCGUGAGCGUAUUCUAAAAUUGGUGGAAGGAAAUAAAAAGUUUCUAGCUAUUGACAAAGCAAUUGGGGAAAAUGGCUUCAAAGUUGUGACCUUGCUUCGCUUGAGCCCUUUACUUCCAUUUUCUCUGGGGAAUUACUUGUAUGGAUUGACAUCUGUUAAGUUCAUUCCAUAUGUGUUGGGAAGUUGGCUGGGAAUGCUUCCAGGGACAUGGGCUUAUGUCAGUGCUGGUGCAUUUGGACGAGCAAUAAUUCAAGAAGAAUCUGAUCUUUCUCUAACCGGAGGAAACAGCCAGCUGCUGACUGUUGGCUUGGGAUUGUUGGCCACUGCAUUAGCUGCUGCUUAUGUCACUAAGCUUGCAAAGGAUGCUGUUAAAGAUAUCGAAUAGAAAAAUCAGCUUUUGCCAAUGAAAUCGAGCUCACAUGCCACAUCGGCAAGCAGAUAUCUUGGUAAAUGAGAGGAAAAGAAAAGCGUCAUGGUAAAUGGAAGAACCAGCAUGUGUGUGUGUGUGUGUAAAGUUAUUUUUAAUGCAAUUGAGUAGGAUCUUCGUUUCUUUAUCCCCAUCCCUGCUCCCGAAGGGUGGGGGUUUCUAACAUUGUACAUUGUACAUUUUAUCCACUAUAAAUAAAGAGUAAUGCUAGCUGCACAUCGAAGUUGCAAAUUCUCAAAA